AUGUCCACUCCAGUAGUAGCAUCACCUCCUGUGCCUCUUAAAAAGCGUUCAGGGCCAGCCACUCACAACUAUUCCAAAGAACGUAAAGUUGGGGAAGGUACUUAUGCUGUUGUCUACCUUGGACAUCAAGUCACUACAGGUCGAGAGAUCGCCAUCAAAGAAAUCAAAACGGGAAUAUUUAAAGAUGGGCUAGAUAUGCUGGCUCUUCGUGAAGUUAAAUACUUACAAGAACUUCGGCAUCCUAAUGUAAUUGAACUUGUUGACGUAUUCUCAACUCCUCACAACCUUAACUUGGUACUUGAGUUAUUACCUUGUGAUUUAGAAGUAUUAAUUAAAGAUAAGGAAGUUGUAUUUACCAUGGGAGAUAUCAAAUCAUGGAUGUUGAUGACCCUAAGAGGAAUUCACCAUUGCCAUAGAAAUUUCAUACUUCAUCGCGAUUUAAAACCAAAUAACUUGUUGAUCGCUCCGGAUGGACAGUUGAAAAUUGCAGAUUUUGGGUUGGCUCGUGCCUUGGGGAAUCCCAAUGAAGAUCUUUCUUCAAAUGUAGUGACUCGUUGGUAUAGAGCUCCUGAAUUGUUAUUUGGAGCAAAGCAUUAUACUGGAGCAAUUGAUAUGUGGUCUAUUGGGAUAAUAUUUGCAGAAUUGAUGCUUCGAGUACCGUACCUUCCUGGUAAAGAUGAUGUUGAUCAAUUGGAUGUUACAUUCAAAGCAUUAGGUACUCCUACAGAACAAAUCUGGCCCAAUGUUAGUAGUCUUCCGAUGUACAAUGCCCUUACAGUAUAUGCUCAACCACUGAGGCAAGAAUUGAGAAAUAGGUUUAGUGCAGCUACAGAAAAGGCUCUUGAUUUGAUGAUUAUGUUGACACAGUUGGAUCCUUCUAGACGUUGUGACUCUACCAGGGCAUUACUUCAUGAUUUUUUCACUGAACUUCCUAGACCAACUGAACCUAGAGAUUUGCCAAAGAAGAGUAUUAAAAAGGAAGAACCAGAUGCAAAAAGAAGAAAGAUAUAG